AUGUGGGAUAUCAACUCACAUGACCAACUCAAGUUCAACGCUUUGGAGCAUCUGAAGGAAAGGCAUUUUAUCUUUCAAGCUAAAUAUCACAUUCAGGCAAAUAUAUUGCCAGAGGUUACUCACUGGCAGAGCCCAAAUUAUUUUGCAUACUAUCCUUCCAAUAGCAGUGUUGCUGGAUUUUUGGGAGAAAUGCUUAGUACUGGUAUCAAUAUUGUUGGUUUCAGUUGGAUUACAUCUCCUGCUGCAACUGAGCUCGAAAUGAUUGUUUUGGAUUGGCUUGCUAAGAUGCUUAAGCUACCUGAAGAUUUCCUUUCAGCAGGACAAGGUGGCAGAGUGAUUCAGGGCACGGCAAGUGAAGCUGUUCUAGUUGUAUUAUUGGCUGCCCGUGACAAUGUUUUGAGGGUGGUUGGAAAAGAUGCGCUUGAAAAGCUUGUAGUUUAUGCAUCCGAUCAAACACAUUCUUCCUUGCAAAAAGCCUGCCAGAUAGCAGGAAUCCAUCCUGAGAAUUGUAGGCUGCAAAAGGCAAACUCUUCUACCAACUAUGCACUUUCACCAGAGUUGCUGAGUGAAACAAUUUCACAUGACCUUACCAUUGGUUUCUAACUAAUUUUGAUUGUUCAGCACUUUGGGUAAAGGAUAGAAGUGCUUUGGUUCAGGCCCUCUCUACAAAUCCAGAGUAUCUGAAGAAUAAGGUUAAGUGUUGUUCUAUGUUGAGGGAAGUUUUGAUUUCAUCCAAAUCUGGAUAAGCCUUUGGUUACCUUUUUGUAAAUUGGUUGUGCACACCAGAUAUAUAAGAUAUAUUUGUUUCAGAAUGUGACCGACUCUGAACGAGUCAGGACCCUGUUUCUUAUGUACACUCGUAAAUCUUCUAAAUCAGCGGCAGCUUGUCUGCUGGAGACAUGAGGA